UCUUUGGCGGAACUUAGCGGUCGGUUAGCAACGACCACAUCAACAGGAGGAUACUGGGAGUGGGACAGCUGUCACCCUGAACCUCUACAAACUGCGUUUUAACCGCAUGUUUGUUCAAACUACGCCAAUGUGCAUAGUGCGCUGGAGCGCGUGCACGACACCUAAUUGUUCUCCCGGUCUUCCGGUUAGCAGAGAGUUUGAAAAUAUGAGCGAGACGAGUCACCGGAGACGAACAAAUAAGACACCCGUUACUGUCGUUGCUGCAGCGCGAACAAGCUAACGGGCUAAAGAAUGACGCAGUCUUAAAAGGUUUUUUCAACUGCAGCGCAGGCAGCUAACAUGGACUCACUGUUGGGCUUUGAGGAGUGUGUCAAAGAUUCACCGGAGUUCAGACUGAACCUGGAUCAGUUUGAGAAGGAGGUUUCACUGCUGGAGGCACACCUGGACAAGGUGAUGAAGCUGUGUGGUAGGAUGGUGGAGGCAGGACAGGUGUACAGUUCAACCAAUCAGCUGUUCCUGAGCAGCCUGGCCGACCUCUCCACGUACCAGGAGACAAAUGGAGUUGUCACUAAUUGUCUGAACCAGUUUAACCAGGGCCUGCAGGAGAUGGUCAGCUUUCACACUAUGUUGUUUGAUCAGACACAGAGAGCCAUUAGUCAACAGCUGAACAACCUCUGUACACAGUUUCUCCCUCAGCUGGCAGAGACCAGGAGAGAGUUUGUUCGGAUCGGUGAGGAUCUGGAGACGGCAGCUCUAAAAAACGCUCAGGUGUCACGCCACAAAGCCAGUGAAGCAGAGAGGGCAAGUCACCUGCUGCUGGCCACACAGAAAUGCUACCAACACUUCGCCUUGGACUACUGUCUGCAGCUGAACAGCUUCAAGAUUCAGCAGAGGGCAGAUAUCUUAAACUCAGUCUUCUCCUUUGUCCACGCUCAGUUCACCUUCUUCCAUCAAGGCUUUGACCUGCUUAGAGACAUGGAGCCCACCAUGAAGACCAUGGCAGCACAGCUCUCCCAGCUGUCAGCCGACUGUGUGUCAAAAAGAAAAGACCUGGAGAACAAACACCUACUGGUGCAGCAGAGAGAUGCUUCAGGUGAGCAGAUGGUCAGCCCGUGUCCGGGAAGUGAUGACAUCAUCCAAGGUUACCUGUUCAAACGUUGCAGGAGGAAAUCUAAAACCUGGAAGAGAUGUUGGUUUACAAUCAGAGACAAUCAGCUUAUUUACAGAAAAUCCCACAAGGAUGACACCAUGGUUCUGUUCGAGGAUCUCAGACUGUGUGCUGUCAAAUCCCUGGAGCACACCGACCGACGAUUCUGCUUUGAGCUGCUUUCAGUCCAGAAGAGCUGUGCUCUGCAGGCCGACUCGGAGCAGCUUAAGCAGGCGUGGCUCAGUGCUCUGCAGGGCAGCAUUGACCUUGCCUACAGAGAGAGAGGAGGCACACCCCUCGCACAACCAAAAGAACCCCCCUCUCUACUGUGUGGAGAGGAAAACCCACCGGCGCCCCCAACUCAGAGGCCAGCUGCCCUGGGUGUUGCUCUGAGUGGCCCCGGGAACCAGCGGUGCUGCGAUUGUGGGGAGGAGGAACCUCGCUGGGCCUCCAUCAACCUGGGAGUCACCAUGUGCAUUGAGUGCUCUGGCAUACACAGGAGCCUGGGUGUUCACCUGUCAAAGGUGCGAUCUCUCACUCUGGACUCAUGGGAGGCUGAACAGCUGAAGCUCCUGUGCAUUCUGGGAAAUGAUAUCAUGAAUGGAAUCUAUGAGGCGCGGUGUUCAGAGGAAGGAAGAGUCAAACCCACAGCUGACAGCCCACGACCAGAGAAAGAGAUGUGGAUCAAAGAGAAGUAUGUGGAGAAGAGAUUUGUGCAGAGCAGUGGUUCUGAUGCAGCUCAGUGUCCUAAGGUCAACCCUGGGCAUCUUUACCAGGCAGCUUUGGCUGGCGACCUAGUUGCCAUGGCAAAGGCAUUGGCUGAAGGAGCAGAGGUCAGUGGCUGUGUCCCUGAGGAGGAGGGACGCACAGCACUGAUUGGAGCUGCUGUUGGGGGGUCACUGUUGGCCUGCGAGUUCCUGCUGCAGAACGGAGCAAACAUCAACUACCGAGACCUGAGAGGACAGGGAGCACUGCACGCAGCUGCCACUGCUGGACACACUGGACAGGUGUGUCUGCUGCUGAAGAGAGGAGCCAAUCAGUACGCUGUGGACGAGACAGGACAGGAUCCACUGGCCAUUGCCGUGGAAGCCGCUAACGCUGACAUUGUCACACUGCUGAGGAUGGCCCGGAUGAAUGAAGAGAUGAGAGAUUCAGAGGGCAUCUUUGGAGCCAUGGGAGAUGACCAGACUUUUCAGGACAUCUUCCGCGACUUCAGUGAUAUGGCCUCUCACGACCCAGAGAAACUCAGCAGACGGCAGUUCAUUCGUGGAGGAGGAGACAGCGAGCGUGGCGAGGAGGAGGAGCGGGAUAAAUAUUGAACAGGGACACCAGUGUUGGAAAGAUGUAAGACAUUUGUCAUUUGACAGCGGAUCUCCUCACGCACGGUAGACUCACUGAAACUUCAGACACAUUUCAUGUCAAGAUUUUACUGUUUUAUGACAGACAAGUUAACGGUCUGAAUAACUUUUCCUGGUCUUUCUUCAAUAGAAAAAUGUGGCGAUUUUGUAAAUUGUGUUUCCUUUUAGAGGAAAAUUGAUGAAAUAAUUCCAUACAUUUAUAUAUUUAACAUACAGUUACUGUGAAUGGAAAAAAUGUUACAGUGCUGAAGAUGACUGAAACCGACUAAUCAUUAACAGUCAGUCUGACGAUUAUGAUUUGAUUUUUAAAAUGUCUGAAAAUGUGUUUUAAUUUAAACAUGUUAGCUUAAUCCUCAAGCUGUGAAUAUUAAUUAAUAUUAAUUAUUCUUUUUAAAAAUUAAGUAAACCACUAACUGAAUAUUUACUUUUGGAACCCCCCCAAAAAAUGUCCCUCAAAAGGGUAAAAAGUCUCGGAGAAACUUCUCCAGGCAAGGAUUGAGAGAAUAUUUUGUAAGAAGAAGUAAACGAAGCAAAGGACAAGUGAAGAAGGCAGGGAUGCAACGUUACAGAUGCUAACUGAUGUUAAUCACCAAGAAGAAGAAAAACAAAGAGACACUUUUACAGUAUCUUAUUUACUUCACUCUGAUGAUGAAGUUAAGACAUUUGUUGAUGAAUAUCUUUUAUAUGUAAUUUAAUUGCUUAAUUGGUCCAUUUGUUUAUGGAAGUCAUGAUUAAUGGUUAAUUGAUUAACUUGCUUAUAUGAAACACCUCAUCCUUGUUACUUAUGCACCUGUUUAGACAGGUGUCAAGUUACAUUUCAUAAAACAUUUUUUAUUGGAAAACAAUAGUGUCGAUGCAAACUCAAAGCAUUUGCACUAAAAUGUGUUUAACUUGAUUUGGACGUUUUUACUUGAUUGUGUCCUACUGGAGACACUUGUGUCCUCUUAGUCCUCCUCAUUCAUCUGAGGGAGUCUUCACUCUAAACACAACCUCUUCUUCUGUAGCAGUGAACGCAGUGUUGGUAAUGAUUGUGUUUGGUUGAUGCAGUCAGUGAUGGUGGAUUCACUGCUGUUCCAACACUUUCUCUCAGAGUCACACGUCUCUUCUUUAUGGUUGAAAGGACUUGUACAUGUACUCAGCGUUUAUUCAAGUUUUAUUAAUGCCACACACUAACAAAAGUGGGAUGUAUAGAGGGUUUUUUUAUGCUUGCAGCUUCUCACUUGACAUACUCUCUUCUUAUUGUUUGGCUUCAUGUUUUCAGGUCAUCUGUUUCAAGAACAAUUCAGUGAAGUUUUUUUUUUGUUUUUUUUUCUUUUUUUUACAAAUUCACAAAAAU